AACGGCCCUGCCCCCCCGCAGACCGCCGACCAGCAGUACAUGGAGGGCUUCAACGACGAGCUGGAGGCCUUCAAGGAGCGCGUGCGCGGCCGGGCCAAGGCGCGCAUCGAGAGGGCGAUGAAGGAGUACGAGGAGGAGGAGAGGCAGAAGCGCCUGGGGCCCGGCGGCCUCGACCCCGUCGACGUCUACGAGUCCCUGCCACCCGAGCUGCAGAAAUGCUUCGAUGCCAAAGACGUGCAGAUGCUGCAGGACACCAUCAGCCGCAUGGACCCCACCGAGGCAAAGUACCACAUGCAGCGCUGCAUCGAUUCGGGGCUGUGGGUCCCCAACGCCAAAGCGGCAGCUGAGGGU